CAUUGUCGUUCGUUCAUUGGCCGUUAACGAAGAUAAGUGGCGACCGAGCGCCACGCAGCUCCAUGCGCUCGGAACAUAUUCGCUCAUUCCUCAGUAUUUGUCCAGACUCCAGACGCGCAACAUCGAGCACCCUCAGCCAUCAACCGCCACUACAACAAAAUGGUUCUACAAAUUAAUUCAGUGCUGGUCGUCGAUGGCGUCGGGUCCAACUGCACGGACAUACUCAAUUCACAUGGCAUCAGUGUGAUCAACAAGCCAAAGAUCAGCAAAGAAGAACUGCUCCAAGAGAUACCGAAAUAUGACGCGUUAGUGGUAAGAUCAGCGUCUCAAGUGACCAAGGAAGUGCUGGAAGCUGGCGCGAAGCUGAAGGUGGUGGGCAGGGCUGGUGCUGGCGUGGACAACAUCGACGUGACUGCCGCGCAGGAGAGAGGCGUGGGGGUCAUCAAUGCCCCCGGAGCAAAUGCCCUCAGCGCCUGCGAGCUGACCUGCAGCCUGAUCCUCAACCUGUCGAGGCAUGUGGUGCCUGCCGCCGCAGCCCUACGCGGCGGCAGGUGGGACCGCACCCUCUACACCGGCACGGAACUCAACGGCAAGACUCUCGCCAUCCUCGGUCUCGGCAGGGUCGGCAGAGAAGUCGCCGUCCGCAUGCAGUCCUUCGGCAUGAAGAUCAUCGGCUACGACCCGUUCGUGUCGGCGGAGCAGUGCGCCAGCUUCCACGCCACCAAGAUGGAGCUCGAACAGAUCUGGCCUCUGGCUGAUUACAUUACACUGCACACUCCUCUCAUUGCCUCUACUAAAAAUUUCAUCAACGCCAAAGUCCUGGGCCAAUGUAAGAAAGGCAUCAAGAUUGUUAACGUAGGACGCGGCGGUCUUAUCCAGGAACGUGACCUCCUCGAUGGACUGAACUCUGGACAGGUUGGCGGAGCAGCUCUUGACGUCUUCGAGCAGGAGCCGCCUACAGAUCCUUUGACCUUGGAGAUCAUCCAGCACAAAGCUGUCAUUGCCACUCCUCAUUUAGGUGCUUCAACGAAGGAAGCCCAAGUGCGAGUGGGUCAGGAGAUAGCGGAACAGCUGGUGAACCUCGUGAAGCCUGGCAGCUACAGCACUCCCCUCGCCGAGGUCACCCGUGUCCUCAACAAACAGGCUUGAACAUGGAGUUCGGUUAUCUCGCACUGUUACAACUAUAUUUAUGUACUUAUAGUUUAAUUUAUUCUGGUAAAUAAUAACACUGGUCUACAGCAUUUUUGUCCCAAAAGUGAAAUAUAGAAUAAAUUCUUGUAGAAUGUAUGAUACGUAAUCGAAGUCCAUAACAUAAAUUUGCACUAGCACGUCGGGAUUUGAAGAUGUACCCCUCCGAAAGUUCUAAAAACGCGAUAUUUACGAUGUUUGUCAAUUUUUUUUAAGGUCAGCAAAAUUGUUUGGUAAUUUCUAACUAAAGCAUUAUAUAGUACCUACCAUUGAUUAUACACUAAUUCUGGAAGGUAUAGAUACGCCACUCUCUCUCUCUUUCAAGCUAUUUAUCCCACAUGGUGGUGGUCUGCUUUCCUAAUUUUUCUUCUCCACUUCGCUCUAUCUAAGACAUCGUUCUCUGAGAGCCAAAAUUUUGAAAACUAUAUUUAUGCAGACUGGGUAAACAGCGCUAUAGGUGGCGCUAGUACUACCAGAGUUACUUAAUUUCGUACAACAUUUUAUACUUGUUCAUUUGAUAAACGAGUACCCCAUCAAACUUACACCUUGCGGCCACCGCGCGGACUACGAGCUUGCACCUUGCAGACAACGCGUAGUUAGCGCGCUGGCAGCUAGCCGUAGUCUAAAUUCGAGGCGACGCCGUGCUGCAGCUGUGCUAUUGCGGUGCCGGUAUAAUGUGCCAUGACCUCAAACCCAUUACUCUAAAUUGAUGUUCAAGCCAACCAGAAAAAAUAAAAAGAAAUAUAGAUUUAUUAAAAUGCUUUGUGCUGGUGGCUCCAGUGAAGUCUACAAAGUACUGGAAGCGCAUAAACCUGUCCAGGAGCCCGGACCCUGGCGCAAAGUUACAACAUGAAAACAUGCGGCGCCGACCAUGCGGUAUCAAAUAUUCUACAAGAAAUUAUAUACUUACAUCACUUUUGUGACAAAAAUUAUAGCAAUUUGCAGACCAGUGUAAUUCAUUUAAAACUCUAUCAGGUAUCACACGUCACAUCACAUCAUAUCCUCGAAGUUUAAAUAUUUAUAUAUGUACACAGCUUAUUCUCCCUCAAUAUCUCAAUACUUUUAAUCAUAAUACAUUAUAGCUCUGACAGCAGUUUAGCAAAAUUAUUGACAAAAAGUACUAAAUAAUAAACAUGUUCAAACAUUCAAAAACAAAUAGAACCUUCAUGAUUAAGUAGUUAAGUAAUUCUCUAAAUCAAACAAUCACAUUAAAAAAUCGUAUCGUAUUAUUCUCCCUCAAUACUGUUAACAUACAUUAUAACACUGACAGCAGUUUAGCAAAAUUAUUGACAAAAAGUACUUUUUCACUACUGGAAAAGCUAGUCUUGAAUAUAAACAGUUUAUAAACCCUUUCACUUAUGACAUGAUGACAGUCUAUAUAAUAAACAUGUUAAAAAAAUCAAAAACAAAUAGAACCUUCAUGUUUAAGUAGUAAGUAAUUCUCUAAUCAAACAAUCACAUUAAAAAAUCGUAUCGUAUCGUCGAAAUUAGUAAAUUGUUAUUUUGUGGAAGCUACAUUGUCAAAUAAAUCUUUACUAAUUGUUUAUAGGUAGUAUUAAGUCUAUUAUGUUUAAGUUUAGUUUAAUUUAUAUAGUAGGUAUAGUAUUAAGUCUAUUAUGUUUAAGUUUAGUUUAAUUUAUAUAAGUACCGUCAGUCAAAUAAAAAAAUCAAAAACAAAUAGAACCUUCAUGUUUAAGUAGUAAGUAAUUCUCUAAUCAAACAAUCACAUUAAAAAAUCGUAUCGUAUCGUCGAAAUUAGUAAAUUGUUAUUUUGUGGAAGCUACAUUGUCAAAUAAAUCUUUACUAAUUGUUUAUAGGUAGUAUUAAGUCUAUUAUGUUUAAGUUUAGUUUAAUUUAUAUAGUAUAGUAUUAAGUCUAUUAUGUUUAAGUUUAGUUUAAUUUAUAUAAGUACCGUCAGUUGCAGAAACGUCCAAAAAAAUUAAAGCUCCAUUAAAUCUAUUGCUGAAACUGAUCUUGUUGACAAAGAUAGAUUUAAAGAAGCUGCUUUAAUGGAUUUUUGUGCACGGUUAGAAUAAGUCUUAGUUUUUAAAAAAUCAGUUCACAGGUACAAUCGUUUUUUUUUGUAAAACUGUUGCACGUUGAAAUAAAUUUACAUAAAGGCCGGCAAUACACGGACCGCUUGAAGCAGUCCGGAAGGACAGCUGUCGACUGCACAGUGAACUGCAGUUCUAUGGACGCACACGAAAAAAAUGAUGACUUUGAAAAAUUUCUUAUAGCAGAAUUUUACUUUGAACAAGGCACACUUUUUACAGGCUAUGUUUAAGUUUAGUGUUAAGUUUAUUUUGAAAUAAGUAUUGUCAGAAUGCAUGAAGUUAUUUAGUUAGUUAUGUAGUUAGUUUAUUUAAAAAUAAAAUAAAAUUAUAAGAAGAAGACUAUUUGAAAAAUGACUUUCAGCAGGGUUUGAACUUUUUAUUUAAGUAUGCAUGUUUUCUAAAUUAAUUGGAAGCUGAUUGUGGAUGCACCAAUAAAAUUAAUCAAUAUACUCAA